CUCCUAAAAGGGUUGUAUGACUCGGGUUAAUUAGGAUUACAGGUUUGAGCAAUGCACUUGACCUUUUAAAGGCUUUAAUGCAUAAUAAGUUGUUGAUCUUCAUUGCCGUUGUGUACGUAAGUAGCAAAAUUCAUUCUGAUGAUGUCAUUGUGGUGGUAUUUCAAAUGAGAUGAACAUUUCUAACAAUGUUUUAAUGGAAUAAAGUUGCCCCUAUGAUUUAGUGUCCAGAUUGAGCAUGGGAACAUGACAAGCGUGAACCAUAUUAGUGUUUAUGCCCAGCGUAUGGGAUAAUACCUAAAGUCUGUUGUGGAAGAGAUUUGUGAAUGUAAGGCAAAUGAAAGGCAUCGGGGUGGGGAAUCUAGAGAGAGGAUAAUAGUAUUUAAACCGUUAAGCAUAGAGUCUCUCAGUCAGCAACGUUAGACAGUCACUGCUGCAUCCUCCUUACUGGUGUGUGUGUGUGUGUGUGUGUGAGAGAGGACUCCCAUUCUAGGGGUGGUUAAGAGGCCAUGACAACUAUAUUCAAGCUCAAGGGCAGGAGGCGAAGCCUUUUCCCCAAUUAUAAGCUUGGGGCUACAACCCUUUCUCAGAAUGAUCCAGUGGCAGAGGAUGAGCUUCCACUUGCCCAGCCAAACUGGCUGAAGCCAUGGAAUUCAAUGCAGGAACUCAGCCGCGAUAUCUAUAACAUUGAAGAAGAGUAUGACGACGAGGAUGACAAGGUUUUACUAGCCCCUCAAAAGGUAUUAUCUCCGGCUAAAAACUACAUGCUGAAUAUCAAUGUAGGUGGUAAGGUUUACCAGAUAUCUUACAGGGUGGCUUCCAAGUAUCCCAAGACCAGAAUUGGUCGUCUUGCGACCUACACAGACCACAACAGAAAGCUUGACCUCUGCGAUGACUACAUUGUUCAAAAUAAUGAAUUUUUCUUUGAUCGAGAUCCAGAUGUCUUUCACAUCAUCUUCAAUUUCUACCGGACUGGGGUUCUUUGGAUUAAAGACGAGCUGUGUCCUCGCAACUUCUUAGAGGAAAUCAACUACUGGGGUGUCCGGAUCAAGAACACACACCGCUGUUGUCGCAUCUCGUUUGAAGAACGACAAGACGAGUUGAACGAGCAGCUGAAAGUGCAGCGUGAGCUCCAAGCUGAAAUUGAGGUGGAGGAAAAUGAAGAGCUGUUUACAGGAAUGGCUUUUGGGCAUACACGUCGCAAAAUAUGGAACCUCAUGGAGAAACCUUUCUCUUCAGUCACAGCCAAAGUUAUGGCUGUAGCUUCCAGCUUAUUUGUGUUGGUGUCACUGGUUGCUAUGACCCUUAACACAGUGGAGGAGAUGCAGUACACAAUGCCAAGUGGCCAGCUUAGUGGGAAAACCUAUGCUGAGUAUGUGGAAACCUUCUGCAUUGCAUUCUUUACAAUGGAGUACCUGCUCCGGCUUGUGUCUACACCGGAUCUCCAACGCUUUGGGAGGAGUAUGCUGAAUGCUGUGGACUUGAUCGCCAUCCUCCCAUUGUACCUCCAGAUGAUCCUGGAAUGCUUUGAAAACGAGGACCUUGAGAAGCAUGGCAGCGACAUUGAGACGGUCGGGCGAGUUGGAAAAGUGGGACAAGUGCUGCGUAUCAUGCGUCUCAUGAGGAUCUUCCGCAUUCUAAAGUUGGCCCGACACUCCACCGGACUGCGAGCGUUCGGCUUCACGCUCCGUCAGUGCUAUCAACAAGUCGGCUGCCUUUUCCUUUUCAUCGCAAUGGGAAUUUUCACCUUCUCUGCCAUGGUUUACACUGUGGAGCAUGAUGUCCACCAGACUAACUUUACUAGUAUACCUCAUGCAUGGUGGUGGGCAGCUGUGAGUAUUUCUACAGUGGGCUACGGUGACAUGUUUCCAGAGACGCACCUGGGUAGAAUUUUUGCAUUUGCCUGCAUCUCAUUCGGGAUCAUUCUGAACGGCAUGCCCAUCUCCAUCUUGUACAACAAGUUCUCAGACUAUUACUCCAAGCUGAAAUCCCAUGAGUAUACCUCCACUAUUAAGGCACGUGGCAAGGUGAGGUUUGCCAAAAGAGCUGUCAAGAGGUUUGUUGACUGCUGUGAGGAAGGCUGACGUGAACCCACAAGACAAAGUGCUCCUGAUCUGAAGAGAAGUGCUGUACUACAAUGAUUUGAAACAAAAACGAUUUUUACAACAGCAAGAAGGAUGAUUCUUCAUCUAUGGAUAUGUAAAAUAAAAUCCCCAUCGGAAACCUAAUUAUUUGUAAUAAGAACUGAAGCA